UUCGCGCCUAGGGAACCGGGACUAGAACUCGUGGUCUCCCGGUUUCUGGCCCGGUACCUUAAAUACACGUAUUUUGCCCAACCUUUUUGGGGUUGUUUGGUUUGGUGCUUCUUUUUUCUGGGUGUCUGUGACUCAUUUCUUAGUUUACUGUUCUUGCUUUUAAAGCGUCAGCCCCCCAGAAUGACUUAGAAGCGGGUGGCCUCUGAAUUAAAAAAAUACAUCUUCCCAUUAAAAUAUAUGAAAACAGGGCAAAGAGAGGGAAGAACUAGCAACAGUGAAGCUUCAGGCGGGAGGAGGACUCACAGUCUCCUAGUUUCUAGCCUGGUGCCAUAACGGUUAUGCCAAACUGGCUCUCCCAUAUAUAUCUAUUUACUUUUAGUCCUUUAAAAGACUUGUACCGCUGCCCAUCUGAUGUACCACAAUCCCAGGCAGCUCACAAAACUCUGCUCCAAGUAUCAGAAAGCCAUAAAAACCAUGGCAAAAAUCCCCUUGCCCCGAAGGCACACGCUGCCCACCCGCCAGAAACGCCCUUCCCUACCCUAGAGCUUGGGGAAGAGCUGCCUCUUCGAGGCCCUCUGGAAGGCUGGGCGGGUGGGGGCCCGCCGGGUCCCAGGAGAUGGGUGUUCUGCAAGGCGGGGGCCGCUGUGGAGAAGUCCUGCCCCGAGGAGGGCUGCUGAGAUGCUCCCUGGGCGUGCUCUGGCUUUCCCGUGGCUGUGGCCUUUCAGAGGGCCUCCGAAGACGGAGAUACCCACUCCGUAAAGGCAUCGGGAACCUCGGCGUCAUGGGGAGCCAGGAGUGUAUCUGGAGUGCGUGGCGUGUCACGUCACCUGAGCCAGUCAGUUGCGUAGUGUUAGAGCUCUUGGGUGUGAGCAGGUGUUCUAGCGUAAGUGUGCACAGACGCGUGCUUCUAAAGUCUCCGCCUGCGUUCUGCCCACUUUUCCUUCAAAGGCCCCGCGUGUUAGUUUACCCACGUGAAGUCCAGCGUCCCCUGCGGGAGUUUUUACAAAAAGCAGCACCGGCUUGCCUUUCAGGGAGUCAGGCGGUGUCCUAGUGAGUGGGGCAGAAAGGCCGGCCCCUCUUCCUCCUCUCUGGCUGUGGGGUUGCGUGGGCUGCAGGGGCGGGUGGUCGUCUGACCUUUGCCCUCAGGCUCUGGAUUGUUGGGCUGGAGGGGAAGGGACCCACUCCCUGCAGCAUCAGCGCCCUUCCUCAGCCCCUCACAACGUCUGCUGGCGGCGCCCUCUUGCCUCCUGAGGAGCGGGCGUAGGUCUCCCCCCAACCGGGAAGCCUGGCCUGGCCCUUCUAGUGGCCCCUCCCUGGCCCAGCUCUCCAGCCAUGGCACUCCCCAGGGAGGAGGUGGGAGAAGAAGUCUGAAAGGCGAGGUCUUAAGAGCUUUUAAGAAAGGUCUCAAGUGGGCAGCACAAGGACCUCCGGGCAGGUGCGUAGCAGACAUGAGCGGGAAGGUAAUUUUCCCCAGAUAAACCUUAUCUGUGAGCAGAAUUAUUGGAGAAGGGGAAGUUGUGCAAAGCAGGAGCAUGGAAGGGAGUGGAGGAAUCCCUUCUUUUCUGUCAGACCGAAAGCAUCAGCCGUCCCGCUGCAUGGAAUUGAACUGGAACAAAAAUGAGUGGGUUGGGGCUGCGGAGGUGGCUGUGGGCAGGCAAACGGGCUUCAUCACCAGGCCCCAGCCGAAGCACCGGGCAGGUGGCAGAACGAUCCCUUUCUCUGGCUCGUUCCCCGGGUCUCGAGUGAGUCUUCCUCCAGCAAAACUUCCCCGGCUGCCGUCCCUGAAGUGGCUACCGCUUUGCUCCCAGAUCUCUGCCAGGCGCCAGAGCGUCCAUUCCUCCUGCGCUGGUCCGUAUGAGAGGAUUCAAAAGAGACCCCCUGGGCGCAAGAGCAAGCAACGUCCAGCCGUAGCAUCAAGACCAGGAAUUGCCUGGCACACUUCCUCUACCUGGAACUUGCAUUCCAGGCUCCUUCCAGCCAAAGAGCCCCAGUUUGAAUCCUGUUCAGGACCGAACACCUAGAACGAGUUCUGUUCCGUGCACGACCCAUCUCCAUGCCUGGGAAGUUUUGCGCGUCCCAGCAACUAAAUAGGUAAAGCAAAACAGCUUCAGUACAACUCAGGCCCUGUGGGAAGCGCGAGAGUAAUAAGGAUGGGGAGAAUUUCAGGGUGUCCCCCAGAGCCUGCGUAACAGAAGGACUGAAGGAUGAGCCGGGAAGGGUAUGGUGCUCUUUCCCCCGUGACCCUGCCGUUUUUACUCAAGGCAUUUUGCAGCAAACUCCCCAAAUCGGCCGUGCCCCGGCAAUUCCGUGUCUGUUUCACAGGUAUUUUGACACCAGCCUAUCUUGCUGUCCCGUUCGGGCCCUUUCCGCUGCUCAGGGCAGUGGUCCAGAUAAAAGCAUCCUGACCGAUGGACUGUCUUGAUAGUUGGCUGUAAAGAUUGCCAGGAUGGCAAGGAUUGCCGCGCUCAUCAUAUUCUUUCUUUCCCAAUGCCCAGAUCAGUCCCUGGAGCUGCUGCAGAAAUGUCGGUUGGAUGCCGAGCGAUUCCUCUCUCCAGCACACUUAAGGAUGGGCGAGAUUGAGGAUCACCUGGCCCGAGCUUAUGCAGCAAUGGGGAGGUGGCAGGAAGCAGCGGGGCACCUGCGCAGGAGCAUCCAGGCUGUAGAAGCCCAUUUCGGCCCUUCCAGCAUAGAAGCGGGCCAGGAACUCUUCAAACUGGCACAAGUCCUCUUCAAUGGGCGCGUGGCCUCAGGAGCCCUGCAGGCCGUCCAGAGAGCCGAGGCAGUUCUGUCGGUGCAUCUGGGGACCCAGAACGUUCAGCUGCAGGAGCUGCGAGAGAUGAGGGCCUGCCUGGAGGGCCUGCUCCGAACCUCACCUGCCGCUCCAGCCCAGCUGCUGUAAGCAGGCCCCGCCAGUGGGUCAUACCGUGGGGAAGAAGCUUCCAGGGUGACGCCCCCCCGCCUUUUAAGGGGCCAAAGCAAGAAGUCUGGACCGUGGUGCAGAGGGGUCACCUUGUCACAAUAGCCAGCGCUCCUGCUUGCUGAUUGACGUGGCGGGGUCAGGGAUCUUCGGUCAGACCAGACGGCCUCUCCCUCGCUGCCCACGCAGCCUUGCUGUGAUGCCAGGCCUGGGCCCGUAGCUAACUCUGAGGGCACCGCCUGGGUGGAAGACAGGCUGCUGCAUUUGUUGACUCAGCUGAGGGGGCCUUGUAGGGGACUGGGGAAAGCAUUUCCUCUUUU